AAACGCUGAGCUGGCAGCCUUGGCUUCCACCCACGCACGCAACACAUGGAGAAGCUUACGGACCACAGUCCAGCAGAUAGCCAACCAACCUGGGGCAGGCUAGGAUCAGAGCUCCACUGAAGGUGAAAUGGCAAGCCUGCAGAGCUUGAUUUCCAAACAGUUGAUUGCGCCGAACUGUACAGCUACUGCAAGGCUGAAUGGGGCUCCUCCGUCGGUGGUGAACGCGAGCUCGAGCGAAGCAUCCUCGGAUGAGAAGAAGGUCACAAAAAGGAGAUUGGCACUGCUUGGUGCUGGGGCAUUAUCCACUGUCCUGUUAAACAGCAGCUCUGCAUAUGCUGAAGAAGUACCAAAGAACUACCGCUCCUACGUCGAUGCAAACGACGGAUAUUCGUACCUCUACCCAGCUGAUUGGAGGGAUUUCGACUUCUUGGGCCAUGAUUCAGCGUUCAAGGACCGUAAUGUGCAGCUGCAGUCUGUCCGUGUGGCCUUCAUUCCUACUCAGAAAACAGACAUUCGUGACCUAGGCCCAAUGGAUGAGGCGAUCUUCAAUUUGGUAACCGAAGUGUACGCUGCCCCGAACCAGAUACCAACGAUCUAUGAAAUGCAAGAGCGUACGGUGGAUGGCAGGAACUACUGGACAUUUGAGUACGAUCUGGAGGCGCCGGGCUACGGCGUGUCGGCGUUUGCGACGGUCGCCAUCGGAAACGGGAGGUACUACACGCUGAUCGUGACGGCGAACGAGCGGCGGUGGAGCAGGCUGCGCAACAGGCUCAAAGUCGUCGCCGACUCCUUCAAGAUCUACGACUUGAACGCCUGAUUGCGCAAGCUCUUGAUGUCCGUCGGCACCAUCCGACCGUUGCAACGCGGGCGAAACCUGGUGUCACGGCCUGAGGCCGGAGGAACCCAACUCAACGAAUCUGCAUUGCUCAUACAUCGAGCUAUUCAAGCUUGUACGAAUCUAGUAGAACCAGUAUGCAUGAAUUAGUGGUCAAAAUUUACUUCUUUAAAACCAUAUUGAGGAUC